AUGAAAACCCCCAUGCCAUUUGGUGCCUCCCUGAACCUCGGUGAGAAACUCUACUGCUCCUUGGUCAUCUCCGUGACCCAAGUGAUCAGGUCCAGUGCUGGCCAUGCAGGACCCCCAUCCAUCUGCCUGCCCUUGGCAGUCACAGUCGGCUUUACCCUCAGGAAUGACUCCGUGGUUUUCGUACUCGUCCAGUCUCCGGACCAGGGGGUUCUGGCAGCCAUACAGCGCACGAAGGAGGCAAGCAGUGCUGGCGUGGCGGGCAGCCUGGAGGGACCUGAAGAACCGGCGCAUUCACUGAACUUAAUGCAAAACUUAAAGACAGUUCUUCCCUGUAAAGAACAGAAAACCUACGAGUGUCCCGAGUGUGGGAAGAGCUUCAGCCGGAGCUCGUACCUGAGCCAGCACCAGAGGAUCCACCUGGCAGAGAAACCCUUCGGCUGCUCCGAAUGUGGGAAGAGUUUCACCCGCAACUCGGACCUCAUCAAACACCAGCGGAUCCACACUGGUGAGAAGCCCUACCAGUGCAACGAGUGUGAGAAGACCUUCAGCCAGAGGUCCAACGUGAUCAGGCACCAGCGGACCCACACAGGAGAGAGACACUACCAGUGCAACGAAUGCGGGAAGAGCUUCAGCCAGAAUUCGCAUCUCAUUGUCCACCAGCGAAGCCACAAGGGUGAGAAACCCUUCAAUUGCCCCCGGUGUGAGAAAAGCUUCAGCGACCGCUCCUCCCUGAUCAUACACCGGAGGGUCCACACCGGAGAGAAGCCCCACAAGUGCCAGGAGUGUGGGAAGCGUUUCCGGGACAGCUCAGCCAUCAUUCGGCAUCAGAGGAUCCACACAGGAGAGAAACCAUACGAGUGCACUGAGUGCGGGAAAACCUUCCGGCAGAGCUCCUCGCUGGUGACCCACAUGCGAACGCACACAGGUGAGAAGCCCUACAAGUGCCCUGUGUGCGGGAAGGGCUUCAGCCAGAGCUCGGCACUCACCACUCAUCGUCGGAUCCAUGGAGGGAACGCCUUGCCCAUGUACCACAGUGGCCUCCUGCCCAACCUCUACCAGUGCGCCGAGUGCGGCCGGAGGUGCAGCGACCGCUCCACUCUGGCCAAGCACCAGACCACACACGCUGAGGAACGGCCCUAUAUCUGCGUGGAGUGUGGGGACAGCUUCCGUCGCAGCUCAGCUCUCAAUGUGCACCUGAGGAUCCACCGCGGGGAGAGACCCUACAAAUGUGAGGAAUGUGGAAAAAUGUUCAGGCACAGCUCAGCCCUUGGGGCCCACCUGAGAAUCCAUGCAGGUGCCAAGCCCUAUGAGUGUGGUGAGUGUGGGAAAACCUUCCGGAAGAGCUCGACACUUAAAGUGCAUUUGAAAAUCCACACGGCCAAGAAACCCUAUGAAU